AUGAUCCAUGAUCCAACACAGCCAGACAAACCUGGAUCAUUGAUUGUUGCGAGCAGGAAGACCAGCUUUCUUCUCUCAUUUCCCCUUGCUGCUCAGCUGGAGCCUGUGUCGCCUAGCACACCUCGCGGUUCUCCUAUUGAGACUGACCCAGACCUUCCUAGUCUUACCUCCACUUCCACUGGAUCUCUUGACCUUAGCUCCAAGCAGCUCGGUAUCCUGACACUGAGAGUGUCCGCUGCAUGUGCGCAUGCUGGGCACAGCGGGAAGCCGUCUGGGGUGUGUGGGUGUCAGGGCACACCCGCCUGA